AAUCAAGUCCGCGUGUGAAUUUUAGAGACGGGGACCCCAAAAUGCGCAAAUUCCACAAUAAGAAGAUGUAUCCAACAUGUCUACAUUGCUUUACCACCCACUCGAAAUCGAUUGUAUUACCUUCAAGAAGGUGGCUCCUUGUAUAAAUAGGGACGCAUUAUUUCAAGAAAGACGGUGGUGCGCUGAGUCGAUUCUCUCUGUAGUGCUGGGACCACAGACAACGGCUGGACGCACUUAAGACUGUUGUCCAGUGCGCCGGACAUUGGCAUCUUAAUCUUCUGAACAAACAUUAAAGUCAUGCAGAUGAAGAAGAAAUGGCAUAUACUGACUCUCUUCCUUUUGCUUAUAACCUCGGGCCAAUGCAUGGACAGCAAGGAGGUCAAGCAGAAAGAGAGACGGACCCUUUUGGACCUAAUUUUACAGGUUAUAAGAGACAGCCAGCAGCGAGACAAAGGCAUCUCCAAACGUUGCAGCAGUGGACUUUACACUGCACCCCAAGACAUGAAGUUCUCCUCCCGCGAAAAGCCUUUCUAUGUUCCUAGGCUGGAUAACAGUAGACUCAUAGAAAUUGUUCCUAGAGAUAUAAACAUGAAAGGCAAAUUCAUUCAACACUUCACAGGACCAGUCAAGUUCUCGUCGGAGUGCAGAACACAUUUUCACAGACUUUAUCACAACACAAGGGAUUGCUCAACACCAGCAUUUUACAAAAGAUGUGCAAGAUUACUAACACGGCUAGCGAUGAGCCCACUCUGCAUGCAAUCAUAGAAGUUGCGUGUGAGUACAUUUGCUCUUUUGUACUUUUUGGGUGUGGUGUGGUUUGCACUUAGUUAAUAAAUCUUGAAAUUAUUAGUUCAUUUUUUUACAAAGCGCUGGUCAAAGUAAAUCAUUCCUAUUUACAAACAAACAAAACAUAAAUAAUUAUAUGUUAGGAAUUCAUUUGUUUUCUUUUGGUCAGAUUUGAUUAAUGUGUGUUCAAUGUACAAUUGAUGGAAACGGGUGUAGGAAUAAUGGGAAACGGACUCCUGGAACAAUACAUCUGUCCAACUUUUGGUCUUAAAAAUAUAGCUCACUGCUGCUCUUGAACAAAACUUAACCUGAAUUUAACCUUUAUGCAAGGUACAAGCUUUUUGGCCAAGUGUCUUUUAAAACUUCAUUAGGUACAGGAAAAAGGAUUUGACUUAAACACUCUUUUGGCUCACUUGUUUUAUAUUUGAAACAUAUUACCUAUUCUCUAAAGUGCGCAGAGUGUCCUCUGACAGAGGCUAUAGAUCAUGUAGUAAAGAGCAUUUUAUUUGGUUUGUACUUUCUGUGUUAGCAUGGGCUGUGUUGUGUCAGGGGAGUAAAAGGCCUGUUAACUGUUUGAAAAGGUUACUGGCAGCUUAAAAAAACUUUAGCCCUGAGUGAAGUUGCUAGAUUUGCAUAAUACAAACAAUAUGCUAAUGCAAUGGGUUUUUUUUAAAUGAAUGUAGACAAUUGGCAGAAACUAAGGAAAACAUAAGUAUGUUUAUCUUUUCAUUUGGCCUUUACAUACAUACAAACUGGAAAAAGAAAACCUAACAUUAUUGUUACAACGGAGAAAUGCUCAUGAGUUUUUGGCUUAUAUGCAUUUGGUUAAAAUCUGAUGUAGACCUAUUUCAAUAUUUUGUUCAAUAUUUUUCAUUUUAAACAUAAUUUGAAAUGUUUUUUUGUGAUUCUGAUAUGAUUAUCUGAAUUGCUGGUCAUACUCAUGUUAUUACUCACACAAAUCCACACUUUAUUGUUCUUUAUGUAUUGAAUUUCAGUAUUGACUUUGAAUUGAAUGAUACAUGAUCACGCUUUUUUCACACCACAACUUUGAUUUUAUUUCAAGUGACAUUUUUAAUAUAAAAGCAUAUGCAUAUUGCGAUGACAAUUUCUUUAAAAAUCCAAUCCCAAAUUGACAUGUAAUGAGGUAAAAUAUAAUUCCACUAAUCAAACGAGCAACUGGCUACUGCAAUUUAUCUCCAAGGAGCCCAUUUCUUUGUCACAUUGUAGUAAGGUAAUUCUGGCCAUUACAAAAGUGAAGGGGCUGACGUACAUGGAGUUAUUCAGUUUGUCAAGAGAAUCUAAAUGAUAAUGAUAGAUCCAGUGGGUAUGCUCAGGUCAAACUAAUGUAGAGCUGUGGUUUUGUACUAAGUGAUUCAUUUGUCACUCUGAGACAUAACACUCAAGUGGAGAUUAAAGGCCAAUAUGUAAUGGCUAGGAUUGAAACUUUUAUAUUCAGAAGGAGUCAGUGUAGAUCUUUGUCUUGCACUCAGCUCUACAAAAAUUAGACACCACUCUAAAAUGAUAACUCAUUCAACUCGUCAAAUAAAUAUGAAAUCACAUUUCUACUGAGGUAAGUAAUAACCGUGCUUGUAAGUGGUUCAGUGGUUAGAACGUUUGGAAGGGAAUUUUUGUGAGGGAGUCUAAAAGUUAUAGUUGACUAAAUAAACUGAAAUCCUGCUGUACAAUAAAAGCAUUGUUUUGCAAUUUUAAAUAUGUAUAUUUUUUACAUUUCAGAUUCCAUUUUACAGAAGAGGGAUUAAUGCAUUGCCAAGAAAAGUGCCUUCAAAUCUACUGCAUCACUACCAUUGUCCAAUAGUGUUUCUAUUUUCUACUUGUCAUUUCUGAAAGUACUUGUUGGGGUUUUGUGUGGAUUUGUUUUUUAUUUGAUUGCAUCUGUGUGUACAAUAUCAUUUUAAGAUAAUUUAAUAUUAAAACACCUAUUUAUUGAAAGAGUAUGUACAUAAUAUUUCACAAUCUUCAAAUGUGUUUUGCUUAUCAAAGUUGAUCAUAUGUGCUUGAGGGCAUUCCUUGUACUUUCUGUCAAUAUGACCAACUCUUCCACUAUUGGGCUGAUUUUACUACAUUUUACUGGGUGGGAAAGAUGUCACACACCUUGUCAAUGUCUUUAUUUCAUUUUAUUUGGCACUUGAGUGAUUUCUGAAACUGAGAAUAUAUGUGAAAUGAUUAGGGCUGGUGAAAAACCCAGCACCAUAUUGAACAAUAAAGAAUAUUGAAG